AGAAAGUACACACCACCAUUAAUACCUCAUCCAUCUUAGCUUGUUGAUUUUGCAAAAGCCUAUUAUUUUUAAGCAUCGUCCGUAAUUGGGAUUCUGGUUACUUUUCUCCUUCCAGAAUUCCGAGUCUAUUUUGUCGAAAAAAAUGGAGGAAAAUCUCCCUCCUGGGUUUAGAUUCCAUCCUACAGAUGAAGAACUCAUUACUUAUUAUCUAACAAGAAAAGUUUCUGAUGUCAGUUUCACCUCCAAAGCAAUUGUAGAUGUUGAUCUCAACAAAUGUGAACCUUGGGACCUUCCAGGCAAGGCUUCGAUGGGGGAGAAAGAAUGGUAUUUCUUCAAUAUGAGAGACCGAAAAUACCCUACCGGACUUCGAACCAAUCGAGCCACUGUAGCCGGCUACUGGAAAACCACAGGGAAAGAUAAAGAAAUAUUUCGGGGUGGAGUUCUUGUUGGAAUGAAGAAAACCCUAGUUUUUUACAAGGGUAGAGCUCCCAAGGGUGAGAAAAGCAAUUGGGUUAUGCAUGAAUACAGGCUAGAAAACAAACAUCCUUUCAAAUCCAUUAAGGAGGAAUGGGUAGUUUGUAGGAUUUUCCAAAAGAGUAAUUCAUCAGCAGUGAAGAAACCCCAACAAGAACAAUCCUCACAGCCAUCUCUGGGAUCUCCAUGCGAUACAAACUCAAUGGUCAAUGAGUUUGGAGACAUCGAUCAGUUACCAAAUCUAAACACCAUGGCAAAUUUACCAAGUGGCUUCAAUAGUAACAUUCCAACUCAAAGUUACAACACUGACACUAAUCUUAACAUGAACAUUCACAACUUAAACAUGAAUUGGGCUGCGGCAAGGGAAGCCGCCACAACUCUUCCAUCACUGGCGUGGCCUUCAAGCUUGCUGAGCCCGAACUUGUCGAUGAAUUCCUUGCUUUUGAAGGCAUUGCAACUGAGGAGUACUUAUAAUCAAGCGAGAGAAGCCACGAGUAGUGAUCAUAACUCGUUAAUUCAGCCGCUGCCACAAGGGAUUUCUAGGUUUGAAUGUGAUCAUUUAAAUUCGAAUUUUCAAGCUUCUUCUUCUUCUAAGGUAUUAGAUAAUUCUCUGCCGCAGCAAUCACAGCCGGAGCAACCGUUUAAUCUGGACUCCAUUUGGUGAAAAAGAGAGAGCGAGUUGAACUAACAUGCUGUUGUGUAAACUUCUUUUCUGUCAAUCUUCUUCAACCGAGUGAAAACGGAUUGAUGUGACUCAAGAUCGAUCGUGCUAAUUUGAUUAAGCCUUUUUAAUUUCAACAAAAAAACUAGAAUAAAUAUUGUAAUAAUGUUGUAGUAAAUAGAUGUGUUUCAAUCUUCUAGCUAGGUUUAUUAUUAUGUCGUGCUGUUUAUGUUCGAUCAACUGUUAAAUUGUAGUUGAAUAUCAAGAAGUACAGGGUCUGUAUUUGGUUUACUGUUAAUUAUGUUCAUAUGCUCAAUGUUAAUUAAGAUCUCAACAGAGGAAAAACCUUGUUGGGUAUU